AAACUGGUUUAUUUUGCAACAAAUGAUCAAGAUAUCUGAGCGGUUUGCAGCUGAUUUAUCUCGGUUCGAAGUUCAGAUGCGCACGAAUUAAAUAUCUUAGCAGCUGUGUCCAUUGCUUUCACUGCCAGUUCUUAAUAAAAUCCGUGUUUUAGUUUUAAUGAUAGAACAUAGCCAAAAGUGGUCUACGUAGUGUACGACACAAUACGGUGUAAGACGGAAAUUAUGCGCCCGAAGAGCAGACAGAAUAUCUAAAUAUGAAUUGGAAUCAAUCGGCAUCUCUUAUAACUGACUGACAAUAAAACAAGGCACAUAAUUUUGUUAUAAAAGAAUACGAUGGAACAAGCUGACAUGAAAACGGUAGAAAGUACUCAGGGCGAAGUAUGUUCAUGCAAAGAUAAUUAUGAUCCUUGCCAUAAAGAAGGUGACAAUAUUUAUCACACCUGCAGUAAACAUGGAAGAACCAAACAGGAGAUACACUAUACUGUUGGUGGUGACUCCUACACACCGAUGGAAGAAGAGUUUGAUAAUUCAAAUGUCUAUCUGCUGACAGAAGGUCAUGCGACUGAUAGAUGUAAUGCGUUGUUGGAAAUGAAUGAUAUUAAAAGCGAUUGUACAUCUUGGCAAGUGAAAGGUGAUCAUUAUUCUGCCAUUGAAACUGGACAUCAGCAGAGAGAGUUUGAAAAUAAAAAUCUGCACAACAUCGAUGAACAUUGUAAUUUGUCUGAAAAAUGGAAUGAGCCACAUGUUCAGGAGCAAGCUCUUGUUGCUGAUAGUAGUAAGGGAAUAAGACCUGCGAACGAGCAACUGAAUAUUCAGAAUGUUAGAAGAUGUGACAAAGAAACGAUUUCAAAACAAAUGGGAAAACGUAAUAAAAAUAACAAAGGUGCCAAGAAAUUUGAAUGUGGCGUUUGUAAUAAAUCUUUAUAUACAUUAUAUACUUUGAAGUCACACAUGGCAAUUCAUACUGGAGACUUAGCUUGCAAAUGCCCAGUUUGUGGCAAGGGUUUUGCACUUAAGUCUAGCCUUCCAAGACACAUGGUUAUACACCAAGAGUCAGAAUAUUUUAGUUGUACUGUAUGCUUGAGAGCAUUUUCAGCAAAGAGGAGCUUGGAAAGACACAUGUUUCAACAUCUAGAUGAUAAAAAAUCUUCCAGUUUUGUAUGCGACAUAUGCGACAGGCCUUUUUCUACAAAACAAGUGCUCCUCAGACACCGAGAAGUUCAUUUGGGUGUAGGUCAAGAAUAUAAUUAUGAAUGUGGUAAUUGUAACGCUCGCUUUCCGACUUCGAAUAAAUUGAAAAAACAUGAAAUCACACAUUUAGAUGUAAAUGACCGACCGCACGAAUGUCAAAUCUGUAACAGGAAAUUUAGUGAAAAGUCGCAUUUAAAACGCCAUAUGCGUAUUCACACAGGGGAGCGAAACUUUUCUUGUAAUAUCUGCGGAAAACAAUUCAUAAGAAGCGAACAGUGUCAAGAACACAAAAUCAGAGAACAUGACACAAGUCGUAUGAUUCCCUGUAAAAUCUGCAAACAGAAAUUUACUACAAAAACUAGACUAAACAUACAUUUAAAAAUCCAUGAGAAGAGACCGUUUCAAUGCUCGUAUUGCAGAAGACGUCUUAGUUCCGAAGAAGAACUUGACCAGCACUUGUUCAAGAGGCACAAAAUGUUUAGCACCAUCAAAAAAUAUAAAUGUAAAUUGUGCAGUAAGGUUUAUAACUCCAAGGCAUGUUUUGAAAAGCAUCUACAAAUACACAGUGAAGGCGAACUUGCGUGUUACUUGUGUGAUGAAACAUUUUCGUCAGAGACGUUUUUACAACGGCAUCUUAAAAUGCAUAAUUCCAUAGAAGAAUAUUCUUGUCAGCAUUGCAAAAAAAUAUUUGUGAGAAGGGGAUUUCUCAAAAGACACUUGAAGCUUCAUGUAACACAAUCCCAAAACAAAGCGAGCUCGAAUGAAUCUGAAGCCGAUACAGAAAACGGUACAGAAUCUGGAAAAAAAACCGAUAUUGAUAAUUCAUCUGGUCAAUAGUCAAAUCAUGAAUAAGUCGCAGUUAUUUCAAUGUCUUUAUCAUAUGAAAGUACAGUCCGUGUAUGAUAACUUCGGAGUGACGUCACGUUUGUUUAUGUUUUCUGGACUUAUAAAACUAACAAAAUAGGUAAAGCAGCUUACAUAAACAAUAACAUUGGGUAUUUUUUAUUGCAACACGUCUGUCAGUCCCGAUAGCUCAGUGGUUAAGCAUUGGUGUUUGAAAUAUCGAAAUUUGCGGGCCGUAGGUUCGAAUCGAGGAAAGUGAUUUUUGUUUGUUUGUUUGUUUCUCUUUCAGGGUAACCACCAUAAUCAUUCAUUUUUCCUGGAAUAAAUUUAAAUAGAAAUAUUAUUGAAUUAAUUUCUGUUUAAAGGGGACCAGGUAUCAGCUCUGUGUAAACACAUCGUAUUAUGAAUGCAUAGUCACGAAAACACUCGGAAAUUUCGCGCAGGUUAAAUUCCUCUCUGGUAUAUUGCCAGUAUUAGUGUAGUCAACAUGUCCGAGGCGUCCACGUCUUUUUUGCAAAGAGAAACACUCUUCAGUAUAAGAAUGAUGCUUAAUGCAUACUACAAACUAUUCUGAAGGUUAUUUCAAGCAUCAAUGAUCAGUUUUCCAUAUUUCAGUUCGUUAUUGUAUACCAUAGUGCUGUUUUGCUGCAUUUUGAAUAUUUUCAAUUGUCUUUGAAAAAAAUGUAAUUAAAACAUAGAUAAAAAGCAAAGAUUUAAAAAAAGUAUAAAUCACGGUGGGAUUCGAACCAACGCGACAAUGGAACUAUAAAAGAAUCGCACAGGUAAGGCUAACGCUCUACGACCGGUACUAAUUUUCUACUUUAAAGUAACCGUUCCAGUUAGUAGUAUAAUAUAAAAGUGUGUACUUAAAUAGUGAUAAUUAUCGAUUACCCUCCUUACUUGGACUCGUCCAAAACAUCACUCUGAAGUUAUCAUACACGGACUGUAAGCAUAGGGCUUUGUUUGUUUAAAGAGUACCAACACUCACUAAUAUACCAUUUAGUCAGGCAAACCAGAAGAUGAAAUAUUUAAUGACUAGCUUACUUCAUUACGAUCAUAUGUUAUCGAAAGAAAUUAGAUUUUUAAGAUAACAUUGAUCCGUUCCCGCGAUGUCUCAGGAAGAAGCAUUGGUACUUGCUGAAAGGAGCAAUACUAGUAUUCCAUGUUUGUUUUGUUUUCAUGGGUUUAAAAGUCAAUGGAGUCACAGUUACUUUUGUUAACGUGUCAUACCUUCCACACUGUUAUUUUCAACCCAAGCUCACCCAAUAUUGGUAAAAUCUUAAAUACAUAUUUGGGAGCUUUGUGACUGUACAUCAAUAACGGUGUAAAACAUAUGUAUCAUAUGAAACCAAAUUAUUGCAUAUUUAAUCGCCCGAAAACUCCCCGUUCUUACUCUGUCAGCGCUUGUGCUCAGGACCCAGUUGUUCGAAACUUUAACAGGCGAUUAAGCUAACGGUAGAUACAGUCGAUUAACUUUAAGGGUUAUAUUUCAGUGUUUUAGAAUACAUAGAAACACAUUUUAGUGAUGAGUUGAGGACUAUGAACACUCAAAUGUCUGUACAGUAAAGUCAAAACAUCUUACUAGUAUUUCUCAAAAAGACUAAUAUUUUGAAUAGAAAAUUAACCGGCGGUUAGUUUAACAGCUUGUUAAAGUUUCCAACAACUGGGUCCAGUUUGGUUUCCUUCGUUUUAGUUGUUUAGGCUGUUAAAACUUUUCGUUGUUAGGCAGUCAAAACAACUCUAACGCCUUUAAGGGGGAAUAGCACUUUGUAAUGUUUUUUACAAGCCGCACAUGAUUUUGAUAUCAUAAUAAAGCAGAAGUUACUCCAGGCAUGAAUGUGUAACUGUUUUCUUGGUUAUGAGUGAAACUUUUUAGCUGUGACGUCGCAAACAUUACCAUGCACGUCUGUUUUGGCGCCAGUUAAAAAGCGAUAAAAAUUGGUUUAUUUUCUCUCAUUUGUUUAUUUUUCAAUUUACAGCAAUCUUUAUGUGUGUUGUAUAAAGGCCUACGGCGCAAGACAGCAUUUUUCACUUUGAUUUUCAAAAUUAUGGAAAAAAACGACAUUUUUUUUUUACAUUUUUAGAAAAUAUGGCACACUUGUCUAAUUAACGUAAAAACGGCUCGAAUUUUUUUUUGCCAUUUUUUUUAUAUUUUCAAGAUAAACUUAUGUUUGAUAUAAAAUAAAAAAAAUAAGUACUUUUACUAUUCAGUUAUUUUUUAAUUAAUGGUUUAUUAAACAUAUUCGCCAGUUAAAAGUGACUUCAAAAUAUAACGCAUAUAUGAUAUGGAUGAACAGACGCAAUACGUUUUCACUCACGGUUUGUAUGUGCAUAUGACAGAAAUACCAAAGUAUCAAGCGUUAAGUAUUUUUGUAUUAUGUGUUGUUCUUUAAACGAUUACUUUAUGUUAAAUGUAUAUAUGCAUGUAUAACAUAUUAUGUACUGUUCCUGUGUGGAGGUAAUAAAAGAAUUUUAUUGUAUUUUCUAUUUAGAACAUUUUUUUUACUGAAAAAAAAAAUCAUUUUAUAAGUGGAAUAAACCACUGAACAAAAGUGAAAAAUGUCGUGCACAUCACAACUUUGUUUUCAGAAUAAAUAAGAAAUGGCUAUUGAAUGAAAAGAACACACGCAGUAUCUGCAUUAACUCAUUUUCAUAGAAGUUGGGAAAAGUAUAUUAUUGCAUUUGAUUAAACAUUCGAUAUCGGUUCAGUUGUUCCACGCAAUAUCGAUGCGAUCCCAUACUGUUACACGUACGUGCAGUGAACUUCUAUGGAUAUUAAAAAAAAAUCUUGCAUAUUUUUUUACAAAUAAAUGCCAUCUUUUUGCCCGUUACACAUAUCUACACGUAUAACUUACCAGAUUUAUGUUUUACAAGUACAUUUUAAGUGUGUACAAUGCAUUUGCUAAAGUACAUUUUUCAUUUCCUAUCAAAAUAUGAUGACAAUGAGUUUGUUAUUUUUGACCUGUUAGUUACACUAGCACUUUUUCCGACCUUCUCAGUUAAUAUUGCGCGUAUGCCCUGCUCACGGUCACGACAAUGUGCCAAUUUAAGCAUUUCAUCCUGUUGGAAAAAAGUUUAAAAUAAACUGUAGUCAUGAGA